UUAAUCGUCUUGUUUUGAAGCACAAAGCUGUUUCACAAUUUGUUUUAAAAAUGUUUGUGAAAGUAUUUCUCGUUGCGUGUUUCGUCUCUGCGUCGGUUCAUGCGACCCCAGUUCUUAAAAAAGUCGAUCAAACUUCAUCGAAACCGCCUUCAGUGAAGAACAUCUGCGGAGGAAUCGAUGUGAUUGAAUUGGACUCCGACACUGCCCACGGGUUCAUCAGUAGCCCUGGGUACCCAGGAACAUACCCGGCUUCCAUCAUUGACCCCGAAGACUGUGGUUCCCAAGUGACAGUCGCAAAUAAUACCAUCGAUUCGGUUCUCCUCGGAUUCCUUCAAUUAAGACUUAGACCCGGGGAUUACUUGAGUAUCAAGCAAACGUUUUAUAAUCCGCCUUCGGAACGCACGGAGCAGUGAGUACUUUUUAAAGUAUUUUU